ACGAGUUCGGGCAGCGAUGUUAGGUAGUUACUAUUGCCGCAUGCGAGACCCCAUGACAUUCAAAAAAAGAGCUAAAAUUUCGUACAAGAGUCUGUGCAAGUAGCUUUAACACGGUGUACUAAAUAGCUACAAUGCGUGUUCCGUCCUUAUAUGAGUUGUACUGUCUACUGUUGAAAAAAAAGUAUGGCUUAAUUCUAUUUGUAGAGGGCCGUCGCGAAGUGUCUAAACAGUUAGGCUAAAUAUCAAAAGCAAAAUAUAAUCCUCGAGAGUAAUGACAUUUCGCUACUUCAAACUUCCUCACGCCUUCUAUAGAAUGCCGUGAUUAAACGAGGGAAGAAAAUGCAUAGACAAAUUGUAAAGUCAUAUAGUAAUGAUAGGCAGUAAAUUUCCAUACAUCGUUGUGUGCGUAUUCAGUACAUCUGUGCCUAUAAAUGGUCCGCGCUAAUUUGGAUCUAUUUUUCUCCUAUCUAUCCUCUAUUUAUAUCUGCUUGACGUCUUCCUUAUGAGGCUGAAAUACAGUUCAAAUCUUUAAUGAUACAUCAUUUAAACGUCCCGUGUCUUGAUCGCUAACUGAUUGUACCCUAUCUAAGCGGCCUGCCUGUAUAGAAUACGGUACAGAGUAUUCUUAAAGACGGCUUUCAGUCUGCAAUGCAGGUUCGAACACCAAAAUAUAAAUCUAAUACAUAAUCAAUACUUUUUAAGACAAUUUCUGCGCGCCUACAAAACGUGGCAUGAUAUAGAUGCAGCAAUUGAAUCAGAUACCAAAGACAUGACGUAGAUGCGUACAUUGGAAUAGUUUAAUUUAUUUGAAAUUCACUACUACUCGAAGUAAGAUCCUCGUUUGUCUGGCAAAGUUGUCGGCCUUAAAUAUUUACGAACUUAUUCUAACUUGAUGAUGGGGAAAAUGCAAUUUCUCUUGUUAAUUCUGUAUUGCAAAAAGAUGGACUACGUAACAGAUCACGCAAUCGUGCGCUGGCUUCAAGUGGCAUAACGGCAAUUUUCAUUGUUCGAAUACUGUUACUCCGGAGCUUGAUAAGUCUGGGAGAGAAGUAGCUAAAGAUGGUCCGAGUGGCGGUCCUGGGAUGUGGCGUCUUGGGUUCGAAAAUCGUUGGUGACCUCGCCUAUCAUGGACAUGAGGUUCGAGCUUACGAUAGCAAUCCGGAAGCAUUAGAUAAGCUGCUCUUGAGGCUUUCCGAAGACACCAAAAUUCUCCGUAAGGAUGGCCUAUUAAAUCAGUCAAAUCUCGUCGGCAAUGUGCUUUGCAUUUCUCGCCUAGAAGAGGCGGUCCGCGAGGCAGAUUUCGUGUUCGAAGCAGUCGUCGAAGACCUUGCGUCAAAAAGCGAACUGGUCGCACAGGUAUCUCACCUUUGUCCCACGACCGCAAUCAUUGGUUCAAGUUCCAUGCACCUCAAGAUUGAUUCCAUCUUCGAACGAGCUGCAGGCAAAGAUCGUUGUUUGGGGGUACGUUUCCUUUUUCCCGUAUUUACAGUAUCUGAGGUUGAGCUUCAAAUGGCCGAAGACACAUCACCUGAGUCUCUGACCUCGGUACGUGAAUUUCUCGAGCGCAUGGGCAAAACUGCAUUUCUGAGAGCAGGCAACCUUCCGCUAGUGCUGAGUGAGGCUCAACGUGAAUAUCGCUGGGUCACUCGCGUACACAUUUUUCAACAGACAGCCUGCCGAAGGCCUCCACUCCUUGUUCCAGACCUAACCCAUCAUGAGAGUCUCGAGCGGGUACUCAACUCAGAACUCAUGGAUGGUCUAACACAAUCCCGAGAGAAAGAUUGUGUCGUAUGUAUGGAUGAGGAGCGCAACUGCGUGUUGCACCCAUGUCAUCAUCUUUGCUUGUGUGCCACGUGUGGCAAAAUGCUGUUCAAACGACAAGACGCAUGUCCUAUUUGCAGGAAAAAGAUAUCAUCCAUCUUUCGAGUAUUUUAUGCUUGAUGUCAUUAAGUACAUAGUGUUCCGUUCAGAUGUACUUGAUACCAUGCGACUGUAUAAAUCACCAACUGAUUGUUAAAAUAGAUGGACUGAUUAUAUGUUUAAUGAACGUAAUUGCUAUGAAAAAACGGCAAUCGAGAAGCUUUAACCAGAUAUCUUUAUAUCGUUCGUGUUAUGUUGUUGGGAUAACAGACUACAGAGUCGACGUUAAUUUUUCCUAUUACUGAACGCAUAUUCAUAAUACAAAAUUGUAUUACUUCCUAUUUGAACAGCCAGAAUCAUAUAAGAUGGGCACAGGUAACGUAUCUGAGUACAGAGCACGUUGGUUAAAUCAUUAGAAUAUGGUUACCAUGUUCGGCCAUAGUCUCUCAUCAGCCCAUGCUAUCGUCGAAGACGUAGCACUAUACACCAGAAGAGCUUCCGUAUGUAACUAUGUCAACACGAAAAAUACGAAUUUAACAUGAAUGUAAUUAUAUUUAGCGUCAUUGUUGAAUUUUCUCAGUUGAAUGUUUGAGACACAAGUUAUAAUGGGAGACGUACAUUGCAGUAUAUAUAACCGAUCACUCGUAAGCUCUUACAGCUACCGACCCCUAAAGGAGUGAAUAAGUAAAUAAAUGUAUCUUCUAAUUGAUGUACAAAUAUUUCAAUCUAUUUGUUAAACGCGACCGUACGUGGUUUCCAUGACCAUCGUUCCAUCGCUGUCCUCUGCUAUUUUAAUCAAAAACCUUGGUUUGCGUGUCUAUAGUCUUCAGUUGUUGUUGACCAAUUGGUAUACGUAUUGAAAUACUAUUAACACAGCGGUUUCCAUUUCUUCUCCAUGAAUAUUCUAUCUAAUUCGGCCAGAUCGCCAAUCAUUAUCCAUCUUAUUUAUGUUAGAAAUAUAACAAAAAGCGCUAAACAUUAUAAGGUUAAAAAAAUCACACUUAAAAAAUAUAUUGUUUUAGUUUUCCGAUCUUAGCGAUAGCUCGUUGUACCCUUUAAAUA